AUCUGAAGUGGUGGAGAUGGCAGUGAUCUUGACCUGCAGCUUCACCACACUUUGCUGUGUAGCACUCUGGAGCUUCAGCACAGCUUCAGGAGCAACCUAUGUCCUACCACCUAAUUCAACCAUAAAACCUGGUUUCCCUGUCCCCAUGAACACUGACAACCCUGGUGUCCGCAAGGCAGCUCGCCUUGGAGUCUACAGAUACAAUAACAGUUCCAAUGACCUCUUUCUGUUUAAGGAAUCACAAAUAAACAAAGCUAUGGUUCAGAUCGUCAGAGGGCUGAAAUACAUGCUGUCUGUGGAGAUUGAACGCACUGUGUGUGAGAAGAGGGAGCAUUCCAGCCUGGAUAGCUGUCACUUCCAGAAGGAAAAAAACCUGCAACAGAUGCUGAAAUGCUAUUUUGAGGUCUGGAUAAUGCCCUGGUUACAUACAGCACAUGUUCCUGUUGCUCUCUGUCACUGACUCACCUUUCCCCACAAGAGCCUGACUUACAAGGAAUCUACCAUCAUGAGUUUUCCCUUUUCUCUCAGAGCACGUGGUUUCUCCCUGAGAAAGAUGUUCGGAAGUUACAAAGACAAGACCUGCCCUGACUGAAUUCAUUGCUAUCCAGAUGUGUACCUGUUUUUCCAAAACUAAACAGUAGAUGAGAACAUGCUGUCAUUCAUUCAAUAGAGCCAUCCAUGUUCUGGCUGAACUUCCAAGCCAUGUGAACAUACCUAGGAAGCUCUGUUGGACUUGCUUUAUCCUAUGACAGAUCUUCACGCAGCUAUGAUGUGAGCAAGUCUAAACCACAGCACAUGUGACUACAAUACUGAUGAAAGCUUUAUAGCAGUGGGAUAGCUUGCCUGAGGAUAUAUAUACAUACCAAAAACAAAGUCUUAAGAGCCUCCAUUGCUAGAGAAAAAGUUAAACUUAGUUGUCAGGAAUGCGUGAAGUAGAAUUGUUCUUUCUUGCAGACAAGAGUAUGGAUAAGGCUGUGCUUGAAUCAAGUGCUUGAAAAACACCCACAGCCCACAAAUGACACAGUAACUACUGUUUCUAUUUAAAUCAUAGCU